AUGAGAAAUUUGGUUAAUUUUUUAUCAAAGCAUCAUCAAAUCUUGAGAAUAACAGCAACUAACAGUGAAACAAUGAAAGUGGUUUUAUUUUUGACUGUUAUUUUUGCAAUUGAGUGCUUGUGUCAGAAAUACACUACUAAAUUCGACAAUGUGGAUCUGGAUAACAUUCUCAAAAACGAGAGACUACUAAGGAACUAUAUGAACUGUUUGCUGGAUAAAGGAAAAUGUUCUAGUGACGCCGCCGAAUUAAAAAAGGUUAUCCCUGAAGCUUUAGAAAACGAAUGUGAAAAAUGCUCUGAGAAACACAGAGAUGGAGUCAAGAAGGUCAUCAAAUAUUUAGUUGAUAAUAAGAGAGAUUAUUGGAAUGAGCUGCUCGCUAAAUACGAUCCAGAAGGUAAUUACAGAAAGAAAUACGAAGAACUAAGUAAGAAAGAAGAAGUACAGAUUUAAAUAAUAUUUUUCACAAUACAAAUAAUA